GAAUCAAAGCGGUCCUUCCUGGGCUACAAUCAGAAUCAGUUAUAUAUAUCUGGCCUGGCGGCACCCCGGCACCCGCCAGUUUUCGGAGAUCAGCAGCUCCCCUCGGACAUCUGAGAACCCUUUCGACGAUGGCGUUUACCUAUCCCCGGCGACCGGCUGCCAGAUCGACGGCCAAACCACCCGCAAAGGACUGGCUGCUAGAAGAAUAUGGACAUGAUUGGCUGAGCAAUUUGCCCGAUGAUAUCCUGCUCAACAUUGUCGAACGUCUUGACAUUGCUGAUGUUGCACGAACCAGUGUCCUCUCCAGUAGGUGGAUGGAGGUCCCUGCUAUGCUCUCCAAAAUCGUCAUAACAGUCGAUUCCUUUAAGCGCAAGCUUCACAAGUCGAACUUACCCUGCUUUGAUGCUCAUCCCAAUUCCACCAUGAUUGAAGCAACUAACAGCAUAUUGGGAAAUAGGAGCCGUACAAAUCUAUACACCAUUCGACUCCUGCGCAUGGAAUUCUACUUGGGAGAUGACUGUGUUUACAUCGGCCAGGCUGUUGCCAUUACCAUAGCAACACAGAAUGUCGGUUUGGCUGAAUUCACAGUCAUGACGAAGAAGGAAGUUAGACAAUGCACCGAUAAAGAUUUGCUCUACUACGCAAGGAAGUUCAUGUCAUUUUUUUACACUUGUCCAAAUGCAUUCAAUGGUCUCACAGGCCUCAAGCUACAGAAUUUGAGGCUAGCUGAAUCAGAGUUACCUGAAAUUGUCAGUACAUGCAAGCGAUUAGAGUUCCUCCGCUUGCUGAACUGUGACAUGGGCAAGUUAUCUUUCCUAGAAUUGGAACACUCGCAACUCAGUGAACUUGAGAUUGUCGACAGCGAAUUUGAGAGGGUUGAUCUGAAGUGGCUACCAAAGCUCGCUGUUCUGACAUUUUCUGAUUGGAUCACUCAGCACGAUCCCUUGUCUUUUGGUUAUGUCCCACUGCUCAAGAGUGUGAGCAUCAGUAAUACGGCUCUUUCGUACCACAAGAUGCUCAAAUUAAGUGAGUUUCUUGGCAAAGUCACCGUAAGGGACCUGCGUUUGAACUUUGAAAGCGAAAAGAUUUGGAUUAAACCUGAGGCUCCAAGAGAAUUAUUCAAUGUGUUCCACAAACUACAGAUUGUUAGUUUGCUUAACAUUUCAGAAGAAUGUGAUCUGACUUGGACAAUGUUCAUUCUCCGAGGCGCACCUUCCCUUAAGGAGCUAUGCAUCAGAGUGUGGGAUCAUUUCUGUGAUACAAUACUGGAUGAAGAGGAGAGGAAGAAGUAUUCGUAUAGCGAGGAGCCCAAGGAUAGUGGAUUAGAAUGUGGCGGAUCUGCAUCUGGUUUCAAGCACCACAGCUUGGCUGUGCUCAGGAUUUUUGGGUUUCAGACAGAAGAGAAGUUUAUGAGUUACAUAAAAAAUGUAAUGGAAGCAGCAGUGAAUCUUGAGAACAUCUACUUGCAUAACAGGCCGGUGUGCAAGAUAUGUCAGCACAUGGUUCGAAAGCCAUCGAGAUACCCAUGGACAAGCAAGCAGAAAAUUUCGGUCAGGAACAAAGUCCACAACGAGAUGUGCUCAGCUGUGGAAAUCCACUUCCCCAAGUAUACAACCUCUCAGUAUUGAUGUGCAUUCCUUCCUUUAGAGCAACACAUGUUGUUAUUGGAUAACACCCUUAAGUGCGCAAAAGUUGCCUUGUUUAAUGCGCUGUAAGGUAGACCUCAAGUACAAAGCGCAGUUCAUAUUGCACCUACUGUAGUGACCACUGACCAGUAAGCUAAGAAAAGUCUGUUAUGCUGACCAAGGUCAUGUUUUUCUUUUCCUGUUGAACUUCUGACUAAGGUUGUGUUUACCCUGCUUUGUCAUGUUAUAUUCGAUGGCGUCGGAAACUGUUUUCAUC